GUUUAGCAAAAAUGACGUUCUGAUUGUAAUUAAAUAUUUUUAUGAAAGUUUAGCUCAACUUAUCCUAUAAACCCAUUUAAAGGUUUGAAAAAUCCUUAUCUCAUUUUUUCAAUUGUGGUUAUAUUUUGUUUUCAAAUUAACAGCUCAUAAUAUGGCUCAAAUAUUGAAGAAUGUUUGGAGAAAUGUAUUGAGUGGAAGCUCAUUUACCAAAACCCCAUUCAAAGUUGCAAAUUUCACAACAAGCUUGUCUGAAGUUGGAUGGGUGAAAAAUACAGAUACAAUAAUGACAAGCAUUAAAUCUGCUCCAACACCGGAGAACAUACUUGCCACAGUUCAGCAACACCUCCCUAUAAUGACACACAAGCACCUUCUACAGGCUCUACGCAGUCUCUUUGAGCUGCAGAAGUCUGGCAAGUUCGAACAAACUGAUGAACUCAUCAAAGAUCCAACAUUCAGUGUACUCUGUCAGAAUUUCAAAAAGCACGCAAGAGCACUUGAUGUCAACGAAGCCAUAGAAGCUGUAAAAGUACUCUCAUUCCUGAGCGUUCCUGUUGACUCCCUGAUAGUACAAACAAUGCUACAGUUAAUAAGGACUAACAUAAACCUUAUAAACAUAAGGCAGAUUAUGUUCUUAGACUUUCUUCUCAAUCAAUUUGACAGCAAGAAUCAUCUAGUAGAUGUACUGAAGCUGGCAUUGCCACUCACUUUUCAAAUUCAUUUGCCGCUAGAAUUAGACCAUGAUGACCUGCCUCUUCUAAGAGACAUGCUAAUAUACAGUUGCAAUCAUGAUCUACCGGACCGUUGUAUCAACAAUGUUGUUACCGGUCUUCUGUUACAUGACCAAAGAAUAGACGCCCAAACCGCCAAGUCUAUAGUCUGGUCUCUGUGUCAAGUUAACUGCACAGAGAAGGUCUUUCCAACUAGAGUUCAACUAUUACAUAUUUGCUACGACAUAUUAACACAACAGAUAGACCAGUUACAUUAUAAUGAUGUACUAAGAACUGCCGCCAAGAUAAAGGGUCGAGUUCUGGAGAAGCAUCCAGAGUAUUACCAGGAACAGCUAUUGGACGCUAUUGCGGAUUACGUCAUCAGGAAUAAUAUCGAAUUUGAGCCAGCUUUGCUUAUCGCAAGAGUGCUGUCGCGAGUUGCCCACACACACUUAGGUCUGAUGGAGUAUCUCUGUAACUUAGCUUUAAAUGAAGAAAAUAACCUUUCCACCGCUCGAACAAAUAUUCUCUUCAGUUUCAUCAAUUGCUUGUCCAAUAAUAACUAUACACCGGAUCUUGAGCAGUGGGAUGUACUUCGCCAAAAUAUAUCAGAGAACCCAAUCUUAAGUGCCACCAAUGCAGCAUUGCCUUGGACUAAAGUUUGUCUUGAGCUUGCCUCACUCGGUCACUACGAUGAUAAACUCCUCGAAAAAGUCUUCUCUGAAAGAUUCCUGACUGAGUAUCUCGCGCGUGAAAAGAACAUUCUAGAUUUGCUCCAACUACUUACAUUGCAUGAAGCAGUAAAUGCUUUUUAUAGUGAUGAAUAUAAAUUACCUGAGGAUAUUAUUCAAAAAGCAAAGGAUGCAUAUCCAGUUCAUGCUGCAACAGAUAAUGUAAGAAACUGUUUGGCGCGAGGUUUGGGUGGCAAAGAGUAUGUAGGGAAAAAUGUAGUUUUGCCAAAUGGAUUUAUUGCUGAUCUAUUUCUAGCUUUGAAAAAUGGCACACCCAUAAUGAUACCGCAAUUUACGCAAGAAAAGGAAAAAAUACCAAUAGAAAAUCUUAAUCUACCCAUGGAAGUGCUACCUACUUGCCUCCUUCUAUUCAACCAAGGCUGCUAUUCAAUGAAUAGUAAUAGACUGCGCGGUACAUUCCGAUUGGUCUUGGAUAUGCUGGAAAAACAAGGUUAUGCAGCGGUGUCUAUCAAUGUAUCAGAGUGGAUGAAGACACCAAGCCAUGAACGCAUCCCUUAUCUCAUGCGAGAAAUUGAUUACAAGUGUGGCGAAAUGGGAAUGAAAUUGUCGGCCACUUGAGAAGUGCGGAAUUUACAAAUGUGACCAUGGACAAUGUAGACAAAAUUCUAGUGAAAAACUUUUCAGU